UUGAGCGAGGUCUGCCUGCGCUUCGUGACUCGGUGGCAUCCUUGCAGCUGCGUCUUGAUGAUCGAAAGCAAGCGCUUGGUGAUAACCAAGGACAUGCCGCUCUAUUGAAGUUGGAGGGCAGCUUGAAGGAGUCGGCGCAUACGAAAUAUACAUUGGAGGCCUCUCUAAAAGUACGUCUCCCUAGAAGGUCCUUGAAAGAGGUUUGCGAUCCUUGAGACUUGUUCAUAGAGGCUAAUGUCAUAACAUGUUGAACGCACUCCUGAGGAGAACAGAAGGAACGUAGAAGUUUACCUAAAUUGAUAAGUCGGCGGCUAGUUACCAACAGUGGUUUAGCUAAAGCGAUCAAAGGCUUAAUCACCUGAAAUGGGGUUUAUCUCAGUGGGAGAAUCAGAGCCAAAACUCGAUCCAUACAGUCUUGAAUGCGCAUGUCAACCACGCGGCCAAACAGGCUCUGUGGAACAUAUUCACUAGCCUAGUCCUUGCACUUCACUUGUACAGUGUGUGCUAAUUUGACAUGCGAAUGUGGGAAAUAUGUGUUGACUCGACACUGUUGAGUCAACACUGUUGACUCCCGAGAUUUCAAGAGUAGGGGCUCUAGUAGAGCCGCUCUACGCUGAGGAAGUUGCGGCGAUAUUGUGUGCUACUACUCACUCGAAUACAGAUGAAAAUACAAGAGUCUGCGUAUGAAGACGAAAAUACUAACGCUAUGAUGAUGGUCAACAAGAUCAACGAGAUAGCCAAAAGAAAGGUGGAUAGCAUCAUCGAUCGAGGCUCAAAUUACAAUUUUUAUCCCGCAGCAUGAUUACUUAAAAUUCCGCCCUGUGGUGGAUCUAUUCAUCAGGUUCACUUCGUUAUGCCACCCGGAUA